CUAGCCAGGAGUGGUGUCGCCAUAUUUGCGCGUCACUGACUGGCCCCGCCCCUUCAGCAUCAGCACAGCUCUGACUGCAGCUUCAGGAGAAGCAGAGACCUGGGAGCAACAUUACCAGACCCAACCCAGCUGCCAGAGCAUUAACAUGUAACAUAUACACUGUAACCAGACACUACACCUGAAACCAGAACCACACAUACAGAACCAGGCUCAGAACCAGGCAGCAGCACAACCCCAAACAGAACCAGAAACACACACAGAACCACAAACACACACAGAACCACAAACAGAACCAGGCUCAGAGGGACCCAGGCAGCAGCACAACCACAACCACAACCACACACAGAACCAGGCUCAGAGGGACCCAGGCAGCAGCACAACCACAACCACAACCACACACAGAACCAGGCUCAGAGGGACCCAGGCAGCAGCCCCAGCAAUCUGCCAGCAUGUAUUACUGCAAUGGAGAUAACUGCAACCAGACUGACAAUGCCAAGGAUAAAGGGCAUCCAAGGAACUUGAUCCCAGAGUUAUGCAGACAGUUCUACAAUUUGGGUUGGGUGACAGGAACUGGAGGAGGUAUCAGUCUGAAGUAUGGGGACGAGAUUUAUAUUGCACCUUCUGGGGUCCAAAAAGAAAGAAUUCAGCCUGAUGAUUUGUUUAUUUGUGACAUUGAUGAAAGAGACAUCAGCUGUCCUCCGCCAUAUAAAAAUCUGAAGAAAAGCCAGUGCACACCGCUUUUCAUGAAUGCUUAUACCAUGAGAGGGGCUGGCGCUGUGAUACACACUCACUCGAAGGCAGCGGUUAUGGCUACAUUGCUUUUCCCAGGAAAGGAAUUCCGGAUUACACACCAGGAAAUGAUUAAAGGGAUUAAGAAAUCCACUUCUGGGGGCUAUUACAGAUAUGAUGAUUUGUUAGUGGUGCCCAUUGUGGAGAACACUCCAGAAGAGAAAGACCUGAAAGAUCGUAUGGCACGAGCAAUGAUCGAAUAUCCCGACUCCAGUGCUGUUCUUGUACGCCGCCACGGGGUCUAUGUCUGGGGAGACACCUGGGAAAAAGCAAAAACAAUGUGUGAGUGCUAUGACUACCUGUUUGAUAUCGCUGUGGAAAUGAAACAACACGGCCUGGACCCUUCAGCUCUCCCUGGUGAAGAAAAAGGAAUAGUUUAAUGCCUUCAACCUUGAUCAAAGCAAUUUUACCAUGAUACGUAGUCCUUGAGCUAACAGAACUUUUGUACAGUGGAGUGAGAAAAAUUUCACUCUCUGCAUAUUUGUUAGCCGUCUCUCCUCAUUCAUCCAUCGGUGAUAUCCUCAUUGGUUUUAUGCUCUCCGUAUUAAUGAUCUAAACACGUACAGACCCGUUGGUGUAGCACUAGUGGUCGGUUAUUAACAAACUAUGCGCACAUAGUUGAGUCCCUCAAAUGCUUAUAAUUAUAAUUUUUUUACAUUUUUUUUAAUUAUUAUUUGUAAGUAGAGAUCAGAUUGUCAUAAAUGCUGUGAUACGUUUCCUUGGGUAGACUUUUACAAUAGCUAUCUAAGGCAGUAUGGGGAAAACAUACCCGUGCCGCAUUAUCCGUUGCUCAGCUUCCUAUAACAUGAUCUACCUCAAGCUGGGGGAUUCUUACAGUGUUCUUUAAAUUCAGCACAUAUUUAAGUGAAGUACAUAGCACAGUGCACCCCUUGUUUGAGGAUUAUGCUAGACUCGUAUGUCUGCAACAGUUUUAGCAACUUAAUGAGUUGGAAUAUGGCAUGACGUGGCGAAAUCAGAACGCGCAGUUAAACAGAACUGUAGUGUUUGACACUUUUAGAUUUUCAUAUGAACAUUUGUCUUUUCUGCAUAAAAAUACAAAUGCCCUAUUGGCCAAAAACAUGCCAACCACUAGGGUUUCGAGCAGCAAAAUUAAGCACAAUAUGACUAAUGCUGAGCAUUUAAGAUAUAUAUUGACGAAGCUGGUGAUCGAUUUACUGCCCUGUUGUCUUGGAAUAAUCAUUGGUGUUGUACACUUUUUAGCAGUGUGAUGUUGUUGAAUGCAUGAUGGGUUGAAUUCUCUUAAUAUAUAAUUAUCUGUUGUCUCCUAUUGUUAUUAAACAAAACAUCACAAAUCACUA